AUGGCAGACAGACAGACGGACACCAUGGAUAAACAUGUGGCAGAGGACCCGGUUGAGGAAACCGGUCCCCCAUCGCGGAGCCCGCCGUCGUCGGACGGGAAGGAGAAGACCGGCCUCGCUGACGACACGACCGUGAUCGACAACAUGGUCCUUGAGCUGGCGGACAAGCUGGGUGAUCGUGCAGAUGGCAUGGCCCCUGUAGAUGAUAUCCAGUACGUCAUGGACAAGAUCGAGACUCUUACUGUAGAUGAGUGUCGUGCCAUCAUCGAGAAGAUGCUCAAGGAUCAUGAGUACGACUAUAACUUCUCGCAAGCUCAGCGCGAAAAGCUUAUUGCACUACUCAAGGGCCCUGCCGACGGACAAACAGUUGAUGAGUGGGAGGUUACGCUCAAGUCCGAGACGGCAGUCAACAGAUUCUUCUCACCUUACCCCGAGGUGCGCGCAGUAUCGACACCCACUGACGACCCAAGCAUCCCGUGCGAGACCAUCCGUGCCCACCUUCUGGGCUAUCUCUGGGCUGCCAUUGCCCAGUUUACCAACUCGCUAUUCAACUCGCGCUUCCCGGCCAUCACUUUGCAGUCUUCCGUCGCCCAGAUCCUGCUCUACCCCUGUGGCCUCUUGCUUGCUUGGAUUCUUCCCGACUGGGGCUUCACCUGGCGUGGUAAGCGUGUCUCACUCAAUCCAGGCCCCUGGACGUAUAAGGAGCAAGUCUUGGCUACCAUCAUCGUUGACGUGGGGCUCACGAGUGCCUACUGUUUCUGGAACAUCCAGACUCAGACAGUCUACUACAAGGAUACCUGGCUGACGCCUGGCUACGGCAUCCUGCUGCUCCUGUCCACCCAGCUCAUGGGGUUAGGCUUCUCUGGCCUACUACGGCGUUUUGUAGUCUAUCCCCAAGAGGCCAUUUGGCCCAAUAUCCUACCAACGCUAGCUCUCAAUCGGGCGCUUCUGCUGCCGGAGGUGGACAAGGAGAACCGUCAUGGUUGGACCAUUUCGCGCUACCGAUUCUUCUUCCUCGCGUUCGGCAUCAUGUUCCUCUACUUCUGGCUGCCCGGCUAUCUCUUUCCGGCACUAAGCUACUUUGCAUGGAUGACCUGGAUCAAACCCGACAACUUCAACCUCAACAUGAUCACCGGUUCGCAGUAUGGCCUCGGUUUCAAUCCCAUCUCUACCUUUGAUUGGAAUAUCAUCGGUACCUACUUCCUCCCCCUUGCAUACCCCUUCUUCGCCUACUCCCAACAAUUCAUGGGCAACCUCCUCGGUGGCCUCAUCAUCGUUGCGCUUUACUACAGCAACACUAAUUGGUCGGCAUACUUGCCACCUAAUUCCUCUGGCAUCUUUGACAAUACUGGCAACUCUUACAACAUCACGCGUGUUGUGUAUGCCAAUACGGGCUUUCUCAAUGAGACUGCCUAUCUUGAAUACUCGCCCGCUUUUUAUAGUGCCGGCAAUUUGAUGCUGUACGGCGCCUUCUUUGCCUUCUAUCCACUUACCAUGGUAUUCAUUCUGCUCGACUCGUGGCGUCCGCUGCUGCGUGCCUACAAGUCCAUGAUGAAGGCCGCCAUCAACUUCGUGCGCGGCUUUAUCAUCGGAAUCAAGAGGGUGGUCGCCGCCAUCAGCAAAGGUGACUUCCGGACCGCUGGCAAGACACUCGCCAAUAUCUUCGACUCCGAUGGCUCCAUCUACGACGACUUUGAUGACCCACUCACUCAGCUGAUGCGCCAGUACCCUGAAGUGCCUGACUGGUGGUUUACCAUCAUCUUCCUCGUCGCCUUCAUUUUCGCCAUUGUUAUCUGCGCUCACUGGACCCAGCUUAACACGCCCGUAUGGACGAUAUUCUUUGUUAUUGGUCUCAACUUUGUCUUCCUGAUUCCCAUGUCUUACCUUUACUCUAUAUCCGGUACCACUGAGGGCCUCAAUGUUGUCACAGAACUAAUUGUCGGCUAUGCACUGCCCGGCCACCCCGAAGCGCUCAUGUUUGUCAAGGCCUUUGGCUACAACAUUAACGGCCAAGCCGACAAUUAUAUAUCCGAUCAGAAGAUGGGCUUUUAUGCCAAGGUGCCACCACGUGCCAUGUACCGGGGCCAGAUUUUCAGCGCCAUCAUCACCGCACUGAUCGCUUAUGGUGUUGUGCAAUUUGCUGAUACCGACAUCCCUGGAAUUUGCACCCCUGGACAGGUGUCAAACUUCAAUUGCGAAAACGGAUCUCAGAUCUAUUUCUCAGCGUCAGUUGUCUGGGGCGCCAUCGGUCCUAAGCGCAUCUUUAGCCAAAUUUACCCUGCCAUGAAGUACUGCUUCCUACUGGGUUUCUUGCUCGCCCUCGUUUGGUGGGCCGGCAAGCAUUUUGGUGCCCGUAUCCGCUUUGCCUGCCAAACCAUUCUGCCCACCGGUGUCUUCAAGACCAUCAAUGCUGUCAUCUUCACUCCACUCUCGUGGCUCAAGCACGUGCACCCAUCGCUGGUCUUUAACGGCUUCCUGUAUUGGGCGCCACUCAACCUGACUUACUUCACCGGUGGUUUGUAUGUCUCCUUUGUUUUCAUGUACUAUCUCAAGCGAUACAAGACGUCCUGGUGGGAGAAGUACAACUACGUCCUGUCGGCAGCCCUUACUGGCGGCGUUGCCUUCUCUGGCAUCAUCAUUUUCUUCGCUGUGCAGUAUCACCCCAAGUCUGUCAGCUGGUGGGGCACCAAUGUGCUGGGUGAGACCAUUGAUGGAGGCGACGGCCGGGUCGCGCUGCUUACAGACCUGCCAGCCAAGGGCUACUUUGGUCCAGAUACGUGGUCUUAG